CCGCCGCUCCGUAGGAACCUAUCAGGGCUCCGGGUCUUGCCAUGCGGCCGGGGUUUAGGAGCCAUGUGAGUUCCCCGCAGCCGCGGCAGCACACCGGUGAGCAUGUCCACCGCCGUGGCAACUCGUAAGCGGGCAAAACUGGCCCCCCGGUCCGGGGCCGCUGCGGGGGCCAGCAAGCGGCGGCGAAAGGUCGACUCUGCUGGGGACAGGGGCAAAGCCAAGAAUGGCGGCAAGAUGAAUGAAGAAAUCUCCAGCGAUUCUGAGAGCGAGAGCGUGGCUCCAAGGAAAACAGAGGAAGAGGAGGAGGAGGAGGAGCUGGAGGAGACUGCGCAGGAGAAGAAGCUACGCCUGGCCAAACUCUACCUUGAACAGCUCAGGCAGCAGGAGGAGGAGAAGGCUGAAGCCCGCGCAUUUGAGGAGGAUCAGGUGGCGGGGCGCUUGAAGGAGGACGUGCUCGAGCAGAGAGGCAGACUACAGAAAUCGGUGGCAAAGGAGAUCCAGGCCCCAGCUCCCACCGACAUUCGAGUUUUACGGGGCCACCAGCUCUCCAUCACAUGCUUGGUUAUCACUCCCGACGACCUGGCCAUCUUCUCCGCCGCCAAAGACUGCACCAUCAUUAAGUGGAGUGUAGAGAGUGGGCGGAAGCUGCGUGUGAUUCCUCGAGCCAAGAAGGGGACCCAGGGGCAGCCUCCAGGCCACAGCAGCCACAUCCUCUGCAUGGCCAUCUCCUCUGAUGGCAAGUACCUUGCCUCUGGUGACCGUAGCAAACUCAUCCUGAUUUGGGAGGCCCAUAGCUGCCAGCACCUGUACACCUUCACUGGACACCGGGACGCUGUGUCGGGACUGGCCUUCCGAAGAGGUACCCACCAGCUCUACAGCACUUCCCACGACCGCUCUGUGAAGGUGUGGAACGUAGCAGAGAACUCCUACGUGGAGACUCUCUUCGGGCACCAGGAUGCUGUGGCUGCAUUGGAUGCUCUGAGCCGAGAGUGCUGUGUGACGGCCGGGGGCCGGGAUGGGACUGUGCGGGUGUGGAAGAUCCCAGAGGAAUCCCAGCUUGUCUUCUAUGGCCACCAGGGCUCCAUUGACUGUAUUCAUCUGAUCAAUGAGGAGCACAUGGUGUCCGGUGCGGACGAUGGCUCCGUGGCCUUGUGGGGCCUCUCCAAGAAACGGCCCCUUGCCCUCCAGCGGGAAGCUCACGGGCUGCACGGGGAGCCGGGCCUGGAGCAGCCCUUCUGGGUGUCGUCAGUGGCGGCCCUACUCAAUACAGAUCUCGUGGCCACAGGCUCCCACAAUGCCUGUGUGCGGCUUUGGCAGUGUGGAGAGGGCUUCCGGCAGCUCGACCCUCUUUGUGACAUCCCCCUGGUUGGUUUUAUCAACAGCCUCAAGUUCUCCAGUGCCGGGGACUUCUUGGUGGCUGGCGUGGGACAGGAGCACAGGCUUGGCCGAUGGUGGAGGGUCAAAGAGGCUCGGAACUCAGUCUGCAUCAUCCCACUCCGAAGAGCCCCUGCGCCCCCUGUUGCUGGCUCCUGACACUCAUCCUUAUUUAAGUACUUUCCAGCACCCGCCCCUGUUUGUAUUAAAACCUUCUGUUUUAGA